AUGGCCAACACUUCAGUCCCUAUCUUCGGCUGGGUAGACGAGCCCGACGGCCGCGGCACCUGGGGCAUUCUCUCGACAUGUCUUCUGACUAUUAUCCUGUGCUGUUGGACAUCAGUAUGCCCGAAUAUACCUGCUCCGUCAGAUGGAAACUUUACUCGCAUACGCGAUAAACUUCAUCUGGCGCUGAUGGGCGUUCUUGGGCCAGAGUUCUUGCUCAUGUUGACAUUGGGUCAGUGGACGUCAGCGAGGGCGUCAGUGAAGGGAAUCAAGGAACUGGGCUACAGUGACUGGACCAUGGUGCAUGGCUUCUACGCCGACAUGGGUGGCUUUGUGCUUCAUGGACCAGGAAUCAAAGCCCCGUUUCCGGUAGAUGCGCGGCAAUUGCUGUUCCUACUGCAACGCGAAUACAUCGAAUACCCUCGGAUUGCAAAAGAAGACAUCGACGAUCGAAACAAGUCGGAUGGGUUCACGAGAUGCAUCGCUGUUUUUCAGGCGGUGUGGAUGGUCAUCAACUGCCUCACGCGGGUAGCGCAGGGUUUGGCCCUGACGACACUAGAGCUGACUACGAUGUCAUUUAUAUUGGUGUUUUUUGUGACUUCGUUCUGCUGGUACCGUAAACCGCAGGAUAUCACUACUACAGUGCCUAUUCAUACUGUUGUUCACAUCGACCAAAUUCUCGCAGAGAAUGGAAUCUACUCCCCAGAUCUCUGGUACAACACCCCAUUAGACUUUAUCAACGGCGAAAUCUACUUUUGCGAGCGCUUCUGGCGCUACUUUACGCAGAUUCUACAACAAAUCCACCUACCUAUAUUCUCACGGAGGGUAGACGCCCGACCCUAUAACCGUAUCCCAAGCGAUCAAUUCCAGUUCUUGGAUGCACCAGCUGAAACCCUGGGUGUUCCUGUGAUAGUCUUUUUUGGGUCCAUCUUCAUGUUCGCGUGGCAUUUUGACUUUCCGUCAGUUACCGAACUAGUCCUAUGGCGAGUGGCUAGCAUCUACACGCUGGUAUUUACAUUUUUGGGGGGCAUCUGCGCGCAGUACUGCCAUAAAGUUCUAUUUCCACAAUGGGAAAAACAGCGACGACCCAAUUUACUACUGAGUAGUCUGCCCAGGGAUGAUGAGAGGAACGACUCCUCCCUUGCGGCGAGGCUGCGCAAUAUACACCAAUCAAAGGAUCCCCGCCUGGAUAUUCCGCUGAGGGCUUUCAUUCCGGUGUGCAUACUGUGUGCUUUUUACUGUGUGUGUCGGACUUAUAUACUUGUCGAGGACUUUAUCGGACUACGAAAUCUACCCGAUAGUGCAUUUCAGACGGUGCAGUGGUCAGACUAUGUACCUCAUUGGUAG